CGUGACAACAAGAAGUCUCGUAUCAUCCCCAGACAUUUGCAAUUGGCCAUCAGAAACGACGAGGAGUUGAACAAAUUGUUGUCCGGAGUAACCAUCGCACAAGGCGGUGUGUUGCCCAACAUCCAAGCCGUUCUGUUGCCCAAGAAGACCGAAAAGAAAGCUUAAAAAACAUUCUUCCGACACUGCACAACUAAAAAGGCCCUUUUCAGGGCCACCAAAA